GGCGAUUGAUAAAGGCGCAGAGAGGAAGGACAGCGAAGAGGUUCAGCUUGAACUGCAUUUCUUCCCUCUGUACCUGCACCAAUCAUUAUUUCAGAGAUGGCAAAAAAAAAGGCACAUCCUAAUUCAAGGAAUGUGUUAUCUGAGGUUAAAAACAAUGGAAGAAUGACAGGUAAAAGAAAAAGGUCUGACAGCGACUCAAUUGAUUCUCUGAAAAUUCCAAAACAAUCAUCUGGCUCUUCCAUUUCCCAGUCGAAUUCAGUUAACUCAACUGUUGAUUCAACUGAAGUGGAGACUGAAAAAAUUCGGUCUCUCGAAGAAGAAGAGGAUGCUGUAAGGUUGACCAGAGGCGGAAAGGAGGAUAGUCAGCAAGAUAGAAGGUUGACAGCCUUCACAAUUCAUGAUGAACAUGGCCAACCGCAGCCUAUUGAGUUGGUCGAAGAGUAUAAGCUGUAUAUUUCAGCUCUCAUUUUGCCUUUGGAGGAUCAUGAUGAUGAGAAAGAGACAAGGAUUUACUGUGAAGGAUUUGGUCCAAUAUUAUCAUGGUCAUUAUCUGGAUAUGAUGAGAAUUUGCCAAUCAUAUGGGUAUCUACUCAAACAGCUGAUUAUGAAUGUCUAAAGCCUUCCAAGGUCUACCAGAAGCACUAUGAUCUCUUUUUCAUGAAAGCUAGUGCAUGCAUUGACGUAUACAGAAUGCUGUCAAAAUGUUGUGGGGGCAAUCCAAAUAUAGGCCUUAAUGACUUAGCUACAGCUGUUUCACAUUCUUGGACAGAAAAAUCAAAUGUUCCUUUGGAGGGCUAUUCCAUGGACUUAUUCCUUUCAUGGGGUAGAUUCAUAUAUGAUCAGCUAAUUGGCUUGGAUGAUACAUCACGAGAGGGUGAUACGAUCUUCACAAACUUACCAGUACUUCUAGCCCUUAAAGAUGCAUCCGAAAAAUCAGUUGGUUCAGUGUCCAGAAGGAAGAAAUCGAAGAGAUACAUGAGUGAGUAUGACAUUUCAGAUGACUAUCCACCACCAACAUACUAUACACAGAGUAUCAAAGAGAAGGAUGAGUCCAGUAUCUUCAUUGAUGAAAGUGACUAUGAUUCUGAUGAGCUUCCUCAAUAUUUUCUUCACAAUUGGUGCCUAUAUAGCUCGGAUAAUAGGUUCACUCCUUUGGAGCUUCUUCCAAUAAAAACAUUUGCUGCAAAGGAUACGAAAAUUUGUUGUUCAGGUGUUCUAGCAACUGAUCAAGGAAGCGUCUUCUGCUGUGAUGACGACUUCAGCCCUUCAAGUUCUUUUCUGAAUGGGGAUGGUAUACCUGUGCACUUAAGUGAAAUAAAGCAAUGGGACAUAAAGUGGAGAUCAUCAUCAUCAACAGCUGUUUCCAUUUCAAUAAGAACAGACACAGCCUGGUACAUGCUGGGGAAUCCAUUAAACCAGUAUAAUCCAUGGUACAAACCUAUUGAGAAAAUAGUAACUUUAGCAAUCAGCAUCAUCAAAUUGUUGCAGGGGCAGAGAAGGGCAUCGAGGCUUUCGUUUAGAGAAGUUGUUGAGAAAGUUGCAGAUUUCAGCCAAGGUUAUCCUUCAUAUAUAUCCUCCGAUAUAGCAACUGUUCAGAGGUAUAUGCUUGUUCAUGGCCAAGUCAUUUUGCAGCUAUUUGCGGACUAUCAUGAUCCUUCUAUAAGCAAAUGUGCAUUUGUGAGGGGCCUUGAGGAUCACUUGAGAGAAUGUCUUCUCACCAAAAAAGUGAAAAAGAAAGAGUUCCAGAGGAAAGAAAUCAAUCUGCAUCAAGAGGUCGUAGCGCAGAACAAAACUCCAAAACCACAGCCAAUGCCAGCUACCACUACCAAACUUGUGGGCAGGAUCUGGGGAAAGUAUUGCUCCAAUUAUCUGUCUAAUGACUCUAAAGAAAAGGAUACCAAAGCAUUAAAAGAUAAAAAAGUUCCUUUUGGUACUAAUGUUGAGAAGAUCCAUUCUCUUACAAGAUGGAGAAAAUCACCCUAUGCAAGCACAGUAGUCAAAUGGGAAGGAGAACAAGCUGGGAAAACAUCUUCAAAUAAUGUUCUCUACAAAAAAGCUAAGGUAGGUAGACUUGCUGUUCAUCCAGGUAGCUCAGUGAUAGUGGAAACAAUUGAUUCCAAAGAAAAUCCUCCCAUAUUUUAUCUGGAGUACCUGUUUGAAAACUCUGACGGAAAAAUGUUAGCUCAUGGACGACUGAUGCUUAGAGGACAUGAGACAGUGCUUGGGGAUUCUAGUAAUGAAAUGGAGUUGUUUUUAACUAAUCAUUGCCUAGAUUUUGAGCUUUGUCAUGUUAGAGGUACCGUGGCAAUUGAAAUGCGAUCGACACUUUGGGGACAUAAGCAUCGGAAGGCAAAUUUGAAUGAUGAAAGUAGUGAUAGAGCAAGCGCAUCAAAAAAGAAAAAGAAGAAGCUCCAGGUGGAAUUCUUCUGUAGAAAUUUAUAUUGCCCUGAGAAAGGAGCCUUCUUAUGUCUGAAACCUGAGUCAAUGGGCCUUGGUAAUGGUCAUUGUCAGCCGUGCCAGAUAAAGGAAUCCCGUACUGCAGCAUUCUUCAAACUCACCAAAGCCUGUUUCAUCUUGAAGGGAACCAAGUACCACAUCCAUGAUUUCAUCUAUCUAUAUCAGGAUCAUGUUACAUUCUAUCAGUGUGACCAAAGUAGCCUCAAGAUUGGAAAAAAUCCGCCCCUUAAACCGUUCAUAAUCUGCCAAAUUCUGGGGAUUGAAGGCAAAAAGCCCUUUGAAAAAGCUGAUCCUAUGUCUACUAUUCUUCGGCUCCAGAGAUUUUACAGACCAGAGGAGAUUUCAGCGGAUAAAGCAUACCAUUCUGACAUUCGAGAGAUAUAUUACAGCCAAGAAGUGCUUAAGAUGCCGGUUUUGGCAGUGCAAGGAAAGUGCGAACUAAGAGAAAAGGAAGACAUUCAUCUGUUCCCCACUACUUAUGUUUAUCAGCACAUCUUCUACUGCGAACGAUCAUAUGACCAUCAGACCGGAGCUCUAAAGAAGUUACCGCCCCAAGUCAAGCGUAAUCUCUCCAGAAAAAAUUCGGUUAAGGCUGUUGUAAACAGAAAAAUAUUAGGGAAACGAAAGAAGGCAGAAAGAACGCUUGAUGAUAUUUAUAAUCAACAACAUUCAGCUCAAAAACUACCUCUUGCCACUCUAGACAUUUUUUCUGGUUGUGGUGGCCUAUCUUCGGGUUUAGAACAAUCAGGUGUCUCAAAAACAAAAUGGGCGAUUGAAUAUACGGAGACUACCGCGACAGCAUUUGAACAAAAUCAUCCAAGGGCAAAAAUGUUUAAUGAAAAUUGCAAUGUCAUCCUCAGGGCCAUCAUGGCAGCCUGUGGGGAUGCAGAUGAUUGUAUCUCAACUCCUGAAGCUGCUAAAUUGGCUGCAAAACUUGAUAAGAAGCAACUCAAUGAUUUGCCCCGGCCUGGCGAUGUUGAUUUCAUCAUUGGAGGGCCUCCCUGCCAAGGAUUUUCGAAGAUGAAUAGAUAUCAAGAUGGUUCUUGGAGUAAAAAUCAAUGUGAAAUGAUACCGGCAUUCCUGUCGUUUGCGGAUUAUUUCCGCCCCAAAUUCUUCCUCCUUGAGAAUGUGAGGAACUUCAUAUUCUUCAACAAAGGUCAAGAAUUCCGCUUCACGUUGGCAGCACUCCUGGAAAUGGGCUAUCAGGUGAGAUUUGGAAUUUUAGAGGCAGGGGCCUAUGGUAUUCCACAAAACAGGAAAAGGGCAUUCGUUUGGGCAGCCUCACCUGAAGAGAAUCUGCCAGAAUGGCCUGAACCAAUGUUUGUUUUCAAAGGUUCAGAAUUGAAGAUCCCUUUAGGUGGAGAUGUUUUUUAUGCUGCAGCUCAUCGAACUGACCAUGGCGCUCCAUUUCGGUCAAUCACCAUAAAAGACGCCAUUGGUGAUCUUCCACCUGUUGACAAUGAUGCAUCCGAAUUUACAUUGGAGUAUGAAAAUGAACCUGUGUCCUGGUACCAAAGACAGAUUAGAGGUAAUAUGAGGUAUCUUAAUGCCCAUAUUCCCAAGAAAUUGAACGAGAUUAACUUCCUCCGAUGUAAGAAAGUUCAAAAACGCCCUGGUGCUGACUGGCAUGACAUUCCAGAUAAACAGGUUAAGUUGUCAAAUGGUAAAGUGGUGGAUUUGCUGCCUCCAUGGCUACCUGAAAAAGCAAACCGAUGGAAGGGGUUAUAUGGGAGAUUGGACUGGGCCGGAAAGUUUCCAACAUGUGUUACUGAUCCCCAGCCUAUGGGCAAGGUUGGUUGCUGGUUUCACCCUCAACAAGAUAGGCUCGUCACCGUCCGUGAAUACGCUAGAGCCCAGGGGUUCCCUGAUAGCUACCAAUUCUCUGGCAAGAUUAAGCACCAGCAUAAGCAAAUUGGAAAUGCAGUCCCCCCGCCGGUGGCUUUUGCGCUGGGAAGGAAACUCAAAGAAGCUGUGGAAAAAAAGGGGGCCUCAUAA